GGCAGAAAUGAUUUAUUAAACAAAUCAAUUUCAUUUAAAAAAAAAUUAUGAAAAAUUUAUUGGUUUUAAGUAUUUUACUGGUCACAGUUGUUGUGUCAGUCAGCGCUGGCAAUGAUUACUUAUGGGGUGAAAUUGGCAGUCGUGAUACCUUGAUAUCCAAAAAGAUCGUUAGUAAAGCAUUUGUAGUGGGUUUGGUGGUAAAGGAGAAAUAUGUUUUCAAACAAGAUAACCUCAAUGCCUAUACCAUUACGGCUGUUAAGGUGACCGACAAAAAGAAGAAGGAUGGUGCCACAGCUGAAUUGAUAAGUGGUGGUCCCGGUUCCAAAGGAGCCACUAUCAGAUUUACUUCGCAACGUGGUCAUGGCAUUAAAGAUGAAGUGGAAAUUUGGGGCCGUUAAAUAUUGAAAUCAUAAUUAUUUUUUUUUUAUAAAAGACAAUAAAAUGUUGAAAUUUUAUUACUAGAA